AAGGAGCGGACCGGUACACACCAACAGCGAACCUACGUGGCUUGCGAAUCUCCCGUUCAAGAACUCUCCUUCUCUCUCUCUCUCUCUCUCUCUCGCUGUGCAGAGAAUCGCCAAAGCUUCGAUCUUUUUGGCUGAAAGUGAUCGAGUAGAAGCUCCAUUGGUGCGUCGGGAAGCCUCCAUCGUCUUCCUGGUGGCACUGCACUACCACAAGUGGGUGAAAGAUGGGUCAGGCAUUUCGUCGAGCGGCUGGUAGGAUCAAGGCGGCGCCGGGUUCGGGCGUGGCCCAGCCUUCCAGACCGAAGCCCGUCGCGGAUGUGCGGCCGCCCGUCGCCUCCGCCGGCUCGCCGGACGCCUCAGAUGUGGCGGCUAAAGCUAAUGCAGAUAACGUCCUCGAAGAACGCGAUCCCCAGUAUGAUGUGAUGCUUAGCCAGAUGGUGGGUCGAAUUCAAUCAAAACCUGGAGGGAAACUUGAGAUGGGUGAGGCCUUUGUGGUGGAAAAGUACAAUAGGCCGAUGCCAAAACUACGAAACACGAAACCAGAUUCUGGUAGAUAUGAGGAGCAGCCGGUCCCUCAGGGAACUCUCAAUGUAGCACAGGUACGCCAAAUCAUCCUCUUGCAUCAAGGGAAAGCCGAUGAUCAUAGCGGCCCCAUGGGCAUCCAGCAGAUCGCCGAAAAGUUUCGGGUGGAUGUCACACAUGUUCAGAAGAUCCUGCAGUUUGUGUCACUACCUCUAGAAGACAGCAGCAAAGGGAGUGCCAAUAAGGACAGUUGACGAUCCCCAUGAACUUUGAAGCUUAGCUCGUGUAUUACCAUGCAAUUUUGGUCAAAUAAGAGAUGAUCAGAUAUGACAGAAACGCCUUUUACACCGGGUAGAAUUGUCUUCAUAGUCAUCGUAUCAGUGUACACGUCUAUUUACGGCAUGUUUGCUGAUGCCGGGAGAAUUUUUGUAUGGUUUACGUUUACAGAACUGAUCUUUUCUUUGACACAUCGGGGACGUAAAACUGACUCUGAAAAUUCAAGGUUUAUGCAAAUUUUUUCGCCAGA